CGCGGGUAGCAGAGGCGCAGCGUCUCGGCGCCCAGGCCGGGAUGUUGGCGCACGAACGAGCGGGGUGUCGCCGCCAGGCGCGCUGGCGGGGUGCGCACCGUGCGGGGUGCGCUCAGAGCGGGGCGAGCAGGGAUCGUACGGAGCCCUCUCGGUUCACUGGAGGCUCGAGCGCCCCCCGCCUUGGGAUUUAAAACCAAAUUAAUUUUCCCCGAGAAAUGGCUGGAGCGCAGUGGAACCCACUGAGCGUUCACUGACCUCUUUGGUCGCUGUGGCUGUGAGGAAAGGCAGCGCCAACACUGAGAGUGGAGUGGGGAGAGAGGGCUUGUGGUCACUUAACUUUUCCAGACCAGUUUUUGUGUGCAGUGAGCCCUGGUGCGCGACGGGCGCGCCGCGACCCUCGGCGGAGUUGGGAGGAUGAGCCGCGGUGCGGGCUGUGAUUCUGUGCACUGUGAUUCCCUCACUCUUGCUUUUUGCAGUAAAACAUGCUGAGGAGACCUGUGGCGGUGUGAAGCAAGAAAUAUGGGAGAGCUGAUUGCAAGGAGAAGCUUGGCUUGUUUUCUGUUUUCCUUCCCUGGCUAUCAUGAUUUACAAGGUGGAAACGCGGACAGCCGGCCCUGCUUCCCGGGACGCAGGAAUGUGGUGAAGAUGCCUCCGAGAGUCGGGGCUGUAUCCUCAGAAGCGCCUUUUUGCCUGUGGGCUCCAUUUACUCGCUAAAGGCAAGGGCUCAACAACCUGUGGUUAUUAGGUGGUAGCAAAGAGGGCAGGAACUCCCGCCAUGGGGUACGACAAAAGCUGGAUAUUGAGGAAUGAAAGCGACCGUGCCCCGUACCAGGCUGUCACCAGAGCUCUGGAGAUGAGGAACGCCUCGGCCGGGCAGAUGGUGUGGCAGGGCGGGAACGUCAGCGAGGCCGUGGAGAGCGAGGAGCGCGGCGAGGAGCAGAGCUACCGGCACUUCACCACCACCGUGCAGAUUGUCAUCUUCGUGGGUUCCUUGCUGGGUAAUACCAUGGUGCUGUGGUCAACUUGCAGAACAUCGCUACUUAAAUCUGUUACAAGCCGAUUCAUUAAGAAUUUGGCCUGCUCGGGGAUCUGUGCCAGCCUGGUCUGUGUGCCUUUUGACAUUGCUCUUAGUGCCAGUCCACACUGCUGCUGGUGGAUCUAUACGAUGCUCUUCUGCAGAAUUGCCAAGUUUCUGCACAAAGUCUUCUGCUCAGUGACCAUCCUUAGUUUUCCAGCCAUUGCUCUUGACAGAUACUACUCUGUUUUAUACCCUCUGGAAAGAAAAAUAACUGAUGCAAAAUCCCGAGACCUGGUUAUCUACAUCUGGGCCCAUGCAAUAGUGGCCAGCAUUCCAGUAUUUGUUAUGACCAACGUGUUUGACAUUUAUGCCAUGUCCACCUGUUCUGAAUCUUGGAGUUACUCCCUUGGCCACCUGAUAUAUGUCAUCAUCUAUAACAUCACCACUGUGAUUGUACCAGUGGCUGUGGUAUUUCUCUUUAUGAUUCUUAUUCGCAGAGCACUGAGUGCCAGCCAGAAGAAAAAAGUCAUCAUAGCUGCAUUAAGGACUCCUCAGAAUACAGUUUCUAUCCCAUAUGCCUCCCAGCGAGAAGCUGAGCUUCAUGUCAUGCUGCUUUCUAUGGUUAUGAUCUUCAUUUUCUGCAGUGUCCCAUAUGUGACUUUGGUGAUUUACCGCACCAUACUCAAUAUUUCAGAUAUUUCAGUCUUCUUGCUCCUCACUGCCAUUUGGUUGCCCAAGGUCUCUUUGCUGGCCAACCCUUUGUUAUUUUUAACUGUUAACAAAUCAGUACGGAAGUGCUUAGUGGGGACAAUAGUACAGCUGCACCGAAGGUUUAGCAGAAGAAACAUUGUCAGCUCAGGUGGUGUUGCAGAUGAUAAUCUGGAGCCCAAUGUCCAUUCGGGAAGCCAGCUUCUGGAGAUGUUUCAUAUUGGGCAACAACAAAUCUUCAAGCCAAUGGAAGAUGAGGAGAAUGAGACUAAAUCCACUGUCUCUGGUGACUUGCAACAGAAAGAAAUUCCUACCACCAGUUUGGAGAUAGGACAGACUUUGGUUCACAGAUUUGUACCACAGACAGUUGCAGACUCUGCAGCUCAGGUGGCCCCAGCUGUGCCCACAGAAGCUGAUUCGGUAAAUGACAAGUAUUCCAUGCAGUUUGGUUUUGGACCCUUUGAGCUGCCUCCACAGUGGCUCUCAGAAAACCGAAACAGUAAGAAGCGACUCCUGCCUCCUCUGGGGAAUACCCCUGAAGAGCUAAUCCAGACAAAACAGCCCAAGUGUAAAGCAGAAAGAAAAGUCAGCAGAAACAAUAAAGUCAGUAUCUUUCCUAAGGUGGAUUCUUAGUAAGAGCAGGAGUUUGCAGUGGCAGAGGAAGGUCACUUUCUAUUAUAUCUGUGAUCCCAUGGAUCUUUAUUACGUUGAAAUUUGUUUCAGGCUGAUUUUUUCUUGUGCCAAAUAUAAUUUAAAUGAACAAACAAGGAAAACGUAUAUACAAGUGUUCCUUAUUAAUGUGAAAUGUCAUAAAAAUAAUAUAUCAGAUAUGGAAAGUCUUAAAAUUUUAUCUCUGAAAUCCUUAUGAUGAUACCUGUCUGAUUAAAUUUCAAAAAGAAUAUAUGGCUUUGGGAACUCUGUAUGGCUGAAUUAUGGAAAUACGUUAGUCAAUUUUCUGGGAAACCUCAUGUUGUAUUAAAAUGGACUGGGUAUCAAAGUAACUUAAUAGGAAAGGCUGUAGAGAGCAGAAGACAUACAACAUGGGUAAAUCCUACUCUAGUGCAAAUAGACACAGCAAGAUUUUGCAUAUUUCAUUAAUGAAGUCAAAUGGACUAUUAAGUGCAUUUGUUUUCUGUUAAGCCUAUUUAUUCAAUCAGUGUUAAAACUCUCUGGAUUUUUUGCACAAAUUAGUUACUAAGCAUCUGCCAAACAUCUAAAGUUUUUAAAAACCUGAACCGCUGCUUUCUGGCAUAAAACUUCCACAAAGCCAAGGAUAACCAAAUUACCGU